UAUUAUCGGCCAAAAAUAUCGAUAUAGGUAUGACGUUAGGAAACGCUGGACGAAUUGCUGUUUGUUGGGGAAUUCUGACCGCUGGUGGAGUGUACGCUUUUGUGCUGUCCAAGCAAUCCGUUGAUAGCCGGCGUUACGAGAGCAUGCGAGUGCGUGAACGCAUGAGAAAAGCAAAUCACGGCGACUACGACUCUUCCUCUUCUGAAAGGCGUUUUGACUAAGGUCGAACAUAUUUAG